CAUCAAACCUUCUUAUAUAGCCAGCUUAAUGACGACAUGAAACUUGCCAAAAGCUCGUCUGAAGACACACAGUCAACAACCAAAAGAGCCAGACAACACGGAGGGAGAAAAUAAAAAAGGAUCCAAUUCAGAGUGGCGGCUCCAAUUCUCUUUUCAAAUUCGGUAACCGAGAAAACAGAAGAGAGCAAAGUGAGCCCGAGGAAGGAGCGGUCAUGAUUCCAGUAUUCAGUGACAAACAAACUUCACUUUAUUAGCCAUGCGAGAAUCAAGAGACGAGAUUCUACGCUCUUGUGAGCUCCCCCAAAAAAAUUUUAACAAAAUUUUCUCUUCAAAUAGUCGGUCGCCUUGACAACCAGAGGUCACCUUGAUGUGACUUGGCUGACGCGAGAAACCUGUCCGCUUCACGCUCAGCGCUUGUGUGGUUGUCGCAAAACGCUGCACCGUCUCCCAUUUCUUUCAUAUCAUCCCAGCUUUUUAAGUGCAUGAUGACAUCCGACCUGGCUAAAUGGCAAUUGCACAGUACUUUAAUAGUAGACUUGGCACACUGAAUACAAUUAUCUAAGAUAAAUUCCUAGAUAAUAAAUGAGAUAGAGAAAGAAAAUUACAUCGGGCUCGUGAUCACUUUUUGGAACUAAGAAGAGGGACUGAAGCAGAAAUCAGUAAAUCAAUUAUUCCAGCCAGGGAUCAUCGAUUUCGUUCGCAGAUUGCGAUAGGUAAAAUUAUAUUUUGGUGUUGGCGUUGAAAUAUAAGAAAAUAAAACAACUUUGACUAAUAUAAACACCUCGAACAUUCUACUGUGACUGAUCACGUGGUUAGCACGGAUCUCCCCAUCUCGAAAUCUAACAAGAGUCUAUAAAUAUGCCGUCACAGACCAAAAUGUGAUAGUAGCCCUAUCUUAACGCACAAAUCCUUUAUUUGGAAUUAAUCCGUCCUAUUGUAAAACGGGGUUUCUGAGUGUAAUCUUAAAUUUAAGACUUAAUAAUAUGUAAAACACAAUUGGCGUAGGAUAGAUCUGUUUGAUCACGAGUUUAGUUAUGCUACCGCACAUUGCACCAUAAGCUGAGAUUAAUAAAGAGUACAAUUCACGCACGAAUGUAUAAAAGCCGCAAACUUUGUAAGGUCUGAGUUGCCCUUCAAAAGUCACAAAAUGAAGUCAUCAGUGUUCAGCAUCGACUUGGUCCCCGAUCAGACAUUAGAUUUCUAUAAUAAGAGAGAAAGCUGCGACGACACUAGCAGUGGAAGCGGAAUUCCAAGUACGACACCUGGAACGUCAACCAGCAGCAGACCCAUUACUCUGAAUAGAAGCGUUUCAACUAGAAGUCAUUACUCUAACACCCUCUCGACAGGACGAACUUUAAUAUAUCUGAUUAAAGCCAAUUUGGGUCCUGGUCUUUUCGCUAUCCCAGCCGCGUUUAAAGAUGCCGGGUUGGUGGGCGGAUCCAUAGGAGUCCCCAUUAUGGCUCUUCUCUCUAUCCACUGCAUGCAUUUGCUUGUUAAAUGUACAGAAGAGUUAAAGUCGCGAUGUGGUGAUCCAGACAUGGCGAUGGACUAUCCCCAAGCUAUUGAAACAGCCUGUCUAACUGGACCGAGGAAAAUAGGCAGAUACGCUACAAUAGCCAGGAGGUUCAUCAAAGUUUCUGUGUUCUUCAAAGAAUUGGCUUUUUGUUCCGUCUUUAUUCUAUUCGCCGGCUACUAUUUACGACAGUUGGUGAGCUAUUAUUCCCCUGGGAACGAGUGGACCAUCAGACACUGGACGGCCAUAAUGAGCCUCCCUGCUCUUGUAAUGGCUUGCAUUCAAAAUGAAAAGUUUCUACACACUCUGUCGUAUUUUGCGAGCGGAAUUAAAGCUUUCAGCUUGAUCGUUCUGUUUGUCUACAUCUUCAAGGAUGAUUUGCCUCACGUCACAGAGCGCCCAGCGUUUUCUAAACCUUCCUACAUGCUGCUCUACUAUGGAACAGUUAUCUUCGCCUUCGAAGGCGUUACACAAGCCCUGCCACUACAUGACAACAUGCGAACGACACAGAAUUUUGGAGGAUGGAAUGGUGUUCUCAAUACGGGAAUGGUAAUCAUCAGCUGUCUUUAUUUUGCCGUUGGCUUCUAUGGCUACUUGAAAUACGGAGACAUUACAUACCCCAGCAUUACCAUGAAUUUACCCAAAGAAGAUGUAAUAUGUCAAGUGGUUAAAAUUGGACUCAUCAUCGCACUAUUGAUUAAUUACGGUAAUCAAUUGCACGCCGCCGUAGAGAUCACAGGGCCAACAAUCGACAGACGCUACAACAAUGAACGAAGCCGAAUGUUUGCCAAAUUUGGAAUUCGAGCUACUCUCUUCGUCUCUAGUGGUAGGUUAUAAAACAAAAUAAGACUG